CAGACGUCCCCCUCCGACAAAUGUAUCACUGAACUGAAGGCUAAUCAACAGUACUGUGGAGAACAGGCGGCUAUUGUGUCUGGAUUUGGUAAUAAGAGCCUUAAUCUCGACUACAUUAAAGUCCAGUGUUGUGUGGGAUGGCUUAGGAUGGACUGUUUCAACAAGGUUGUCAGGGAGAGAUGCGAUUCCUAUGAAUACAACGCUACUCAUCGUAAUAUUAAGCUACAGAGUGAUAUGAUCAGGAUACAUUUACGUCACGACCAAAAAAUAUCAGACAUCGGUCGCCCGGAAUACGAUGACUCAGAAGUCACUAUAUAUGCACCGGAAUGGGUCCGGGAGGCCAUUGACAUACUCAGUGGACACAUCCCUAAGGGAACUGGACUUUGUAUUACAGGCGGGAAUGGUGUGACCAAAAUUGGUAACCUUACCCUAAAAGACUGCGUCAUAAUGUCCCGUUUGAUUAGUGACUGGGUGCUACCCGAUCCCACGAUAUCAGCUGAGUGCGAGUUGAAAUAUGACCAGGCUUCAAAAGAGUGCGGCGAGAAAUAUGGCUACGAAUGGCGCCAAAAGAUAUCAAGUAAUGAUUUGGCAAAUAAUGCAAACCAAAGGCACAAAAUGUUUUGCUGCAUGAAAUGGGAUGUCUCUGAUUGCAUGGAACAGUUCAUCAAGGUCGAGUGCACUGAAGAAGAUUACGAAGUGAUUGCCGAGAUAUUCAAGAAAAAGGUCGACUACUUGUCAAAAGGCAAUUGCAGUCAAUACGCAUACAAAGCACCGGAAUGUCAGUCCAACUCAGUCGCCGACUCCCUUCAAAGCGACUCAAACUCAUCGCAAUCGUUGACACAAACGCUUAUAUUUAUUAUCAUUUCUUUUGUCCGCAAAAAAUAUUCAGUUGCCGAAAAA